UUAGGAAUUUCACAAAUAAAAUAAAACCAUAAAGAGGUGGGGGAGAUGCAGCCCGGACACGUCAUCAUGCCGCACGUUAAUGACAAGGGCAUUAUCGUGAUCAAUGACUGUGAGUAUCCUAUGGGAUCCGAAGUAGUUGCCACCGAGGAUGUUAUCCAAAAAAGUGUGAAAACACUAGCUCAACGCAUCGCCGAAGACUAUAAAGAUCUUACACAUCUUAAUACAUACCAUACACUAAAUUCAUACCAUGCGAAGAAGAAUGUGAUCUCUUCCAUAGUGGAAGCCCCCAUUAGUAUGGAAAACCCGUUGAUUAUUCUAUCGGUACUAAAGGGGAGCUAUAUCUUUACGGCUGAUUUUGUGCGAUACCUGGGGGAUUAUGGCUUGCCUCAUGUGGUUGAUUUCAUUCGUCUGGCAUCCUACGACGAUGGAACAACGAGCAGCGGGACAAUCAGCAUUUUAUCCCAACCGAAGUUUAAAAACCUCAACGGCAAGCAUGUUUUAAUUCUCGAGGAUGUCUGCGACAGUGGGCGAACAUUGAGGUUUCUAUAUGAUUAUAUCAGCUAUAAUUAUAGACCAAAGAGCCUCAAGACAUUGGUGUUUAUGGACAAGUCACCCGAAGCACGUAAGGUACCGUUUGAACCUGAGUAUAAGUGCUUGGAUGGACCCAACAAGUAUGUUAUUGGCUACGGCUUUGAGGUAAACGAUCGGUAUCGUAAUUUAAGACAUGUUUUUGUACUUAAAGAGGAGGAAAAAGUAAGAUUUAUGUGUGCGUUAUAA